CGACCUUAACGUCUGCUGAACACAAACAUUCUCAUUUAUCCUCCCUUUCUACUGCUAUGUGUCAAUUUGUAGCAGGAUAUAGACUGGAGCACGAAGAUGUCGUCGCCUUUCUCAAACGGGAAGAGCUCGUGAAGCCCGACGCGAAAGUCUCUACCGACUUAGGGCACCAACGCUUUGCCGAGUGGGCAGUAGCACAGAUUCGCGACAAUGUUGAAGGAAACAGGAUGGUACCCUGGCCGCAAUAUAUGGUCCGAAAGGAUCAAACACGCGUUGCUUGCCUUCAAACUCGUAUUGUACGGCGUGAUCCCGAAACGAAGAAGGCCAUUCUGACGGAGUCGGACCUCGAUCGUUCUUCUCGAGAAAAGUUCAUUGCCAUGACCGAAGGGGCCUUCCAGCCUGAAAGGAUGCACUUCUUUUGUUGCCCCGCUGGAUACGUUCGAUUCCCUAUGGGUGACAAUGUGCCGCGCGGUUGAGUAUGCAAGUGAAAGUCGAGGAUCUCAUUGUAUCAUUGUUCGUCUUGCUCUCGUUGUUAUGUUCUCCAGGAACCCUGUUCUUCACCAUACUACUCUGUACUGUCUACGCCGCUGUUAAUC